GUAGUUUUAUUGUAGGGUUUUUUGGGAAGAAGCUGCGAUGGCGCGGCGAUCUCUUGGCGCUCAAGGCACCGGAGGCGGUGCUAUGAUCUAUCUCUAGAGGAGCUGAAUUUCUCGUAGGAUUCUAGAUUCAUCCAGGUAGCGCGAGCGGCGAUGCAUCUCUACAAUGCGUGGCUGCCGCCGCCCGUCGUGGAGGCCAUCCGCGGCGAGGAGGAGGUGAUGGGGGAGAUUGCUGAUAAGGUCCAGCGGGCAUGGAAGCCGAACGAUCCCAAGAGCAAAUUCGCGACGCUCAAGUGGAUUUCUCUCAUCAACAACUUGGUCAGGGCGAAAAUCAGGCCGGCAAAGCCUGCUCUAGAUGCUGUAGCGAGGCUUGGAUUCGACGUCUUCUUCCAUUCUUCAGACAAUUUAUUUGUCCAGGUUCGAUGGGCCUCGUGCUUGUCUAAACUUCUUAGCAAGUACCACAAGGAUAUAACUUUGGAGCUCGACUGGAGAAAAUUCUACGAGAUGAUGCUAUUGAUUCACUUCAAACGGAGAUUUUUCUUUGAAGGGAUAGCUCUACGGCAAAUUCAUCUGGAAUCACUAGUUCUUCUUAUAUCCAACUCUCGCCGCUUCUUCCGUCCGGGGUCUGCGUCAGAAAUAUGGGCAGAAUUCAGACCGUACUUGGACACUGGCAUUCACAAUUCGUCCCUGGAAGCUGUGGGUUUUCUCUCACUUUUUCUUCCAACAAAGCCUGUUGAACCGGACACCAACGUAUUUACAUGUGAUUGGUUUGGCGAAUGCUUAAGACUUUGGGAUGGAAUCAGCGAUUGUCCGUACUGGGACCGUCAAUGGGCUUGUUUGCUCGGGCGCUUCAUCAAACAUAGAGCCUAUGCCUCACCGAUUGACUGGGCUCCGUUCCUCCCGAGUCUAUUUGGACACUUCUUGAACAUGUUUGAGGUUCCUGUUGCAAAAUCAGAUGCAACACCUCCGAUUGAAAGAGAAGUUCCUUACGAUUUGAGGCUUGCGUUUAAUGGCAACUGGAAGCCGGCACCAAAGAAUGUGGCUAAAGCAAUUGUUUACUUGAUUCAGCCUGAGGGUAGUGCACAAGAUCUCUUUGAGCAACUUGUGGAUCUUCUCGAACAAUACUAUCAUCCUUCAAAUGGAGGUUCUUGGACAUCAUCACUUGAACAAUUUCUGCGCCAUCUAUCUUAUUUCUUUAUUAAACGACUCUCUUACGAGCAACAGCACAAUUGUCAAAAGAACUUCCUGGGGCCCGACGAAAGAGAGGCGUUCGUCAAGACAAUUGUAAGGCUGAUAGAAAGAGGACAAUACAGCAAGAGUGGGCGAUUGGCUGUAACGUCUUCUAAUGUGGCUUCAGGACUUGCCUUCGUCGCCCCUUCGGUUAUUCUGCCUUUCAUUGUGUCUCGUUUUGAAGCGGCUAUGAUCACUGUCACUGCUACGCAUCAGCUUGAGUCUGCAUUGACCACAUUGGCCCUUGCAUCUCGUGCAGUAUUACUUUCGGAGAAUAUUGAUACUGACCUUCAGAUGGAAGCAGACACAUCCAAUCGACUGGACUUUUCUUUUAACUUAUCUUUUGUGGACUGCAAAACCACGCUGGUUGAGGCAAUGUUCACCACUUUAUUGGGCAUUGAUGCUAACGAUCCCCCUAAAACACUUGCAACCGUGCAGUUCUACGCAUCCGUUGUGGCGAAUGUUGGAAGUAUUGGAGAGAUCACAGACGGUGGCUCUUCUGUUUUGUCUAUGGAUUGGUCUCAAUGGCUGGACGAGUUUUUGUCCCGCCUGUUCGUCCUUUUGCGGCAUGUUGAGUCUGGCACGCACACCGGAGAUAUAAAUCUGGGUGAAGGUUCACAUAAAUCUUCCAGUACAUUUCUCAUGCAAGAACAUUCUUUAUACUCAACGUUGAUUGAGCUUCUCUUUGGAAGGCUGACAAGGCCUUUGUUUCAACAGGCUAUGAAAAAAGUUGCGAAAUUCGCAUACAGCAACAUUUUACCAGGUGCAGUCACGGAAAUGGGCUUGCUUUGCUCAGCACUUGUGUACGCAAAUCCUGUGGAAACAGUAUCACAGGUUCUUUUACCUAUCAUGAAAAACGUGUUGAACACUUUAACCGACGUUGAAGCCACGGGCUCUGCUUCAAGCAGCUCAACACAAGCGGAUACAAAAGUGAAUCUUUCUCCGGCGACGGAAACUUCCGUUUCAGCUCAGCUAACGCUGCUGUGUUUUGGCAUGAUGAAUGCCGGACCUGCUCUUCUUCAAUGCCAGGACGUUCUGAAGCGCAUUAUUGCUUCUUGCUUUAAUCUUACAUCCGCUAAGGUCAAUGAGGCUGGAGAACGAUUUCUUAGUUCUGUAGUGGAAAGCUUGCUGCUCUAUUAUCCACUUCAACAAUACAGAUCUUGCUCGGAAUAUCCUGGUCACGAUGGCAUAGAGUCAUGGAUAAGCACUAAAGAACCCUCUUUAUCACUUGUAUCACCUAUGUGGCAUCUUCCCAGUGAAGAAGAAGUAGCUUUUGCUGAAGAAGUAAUCCAAUUGCACCUUCGAAAUGCAUUAUUGGAUCUUCGAAGUCUCUGUGAAAUGAACUCCGGUACGUUGUUUUACGUUUUUUUUAUAAGUUUUACUGAUUUUAUGUUGACAGUUCCAAACAAGGAAAAGCUACGGAUACUAUUGUUGCAAAUUAAUGGGAGUCUAAAGGGUGCCAGAUCGGCCUUGCCCGAUUUUACAAAUGAAAGCUCCAAGGGUCCACUCCGCAUUGCUGGAAAAACUGGAGCAUCUGUUGGCAACUCGAAGUUAAGGGAAGAAGCUGCCGACACCUUAAUCAAGGCUUGCGAGUACUUGCUGAAAGCGAAAGCUGACGACACAGCACUGCUUAUUUUGCUAGUUCAAUCAUUAGAUCUCGUUGGAAACUACGGCUCACCAGAAUAUAACGAAUGGUCUCACGGGAAGCAUACUUGGAAGCUUGACUCUAAAAACCUGGUUGAGCCGAGAGUCAAUUUUAUCACUGGAAUUCAUUCUGCGGGAAAGCGCAGGCCAUACUGGAUGAUGACUGAGAUGGUCUAUCUUCACAAUACUUGGCGUGCAUCACAGGCUGGCUAUCGUCACUUUGAGCGCAAUGAGGUGUGUCCUUACGUGGUAAAGGUUGCAACCGAACUCUUGAAGCUCUCUCUUCACAGCUACGAUGAAGUUCGCGAUUUUGCGGGCGCGUCGCUGAAGAAGAUGCUAAAACGGUAUCCACCGCUUGUGAAGUCCUGCAUGCCAACCUUGGCCUCAAGUUUGCAAGAUGCCGAUGCCAUGGAGCACUCUGCGCUGGGUUCUUGCUCCAUUCUUGCUUCUAGACCAGUAUUGAGACAUAUUGCACAGGACUGGAAAUCCUUGGCGAUGUUCAUACAAGCUGUCCUUGGAAGUUCUCGUCACAGUUCCGUCAAAGCUCAGACAGCUAUUAGUGAGCUUGCUAUUGCUUUUAGUGUUCGUUUCGGUGGAGUUCCAUUGAGCGGGCUUGAUACGGAGGCUAAUGACGCCUUACCAAAUUAUAGCCAGCUUUUGUCACUCGUUAAGGAUUCGUCAGAUGGGGACACUGGAGCCGUUCAUUGGCGCUACAAGCUUAUGGCUCAUGUGGGGAUGCUAUGCUUGGUGCUGCCGCUGGAUGACACCGAUCAUGCGGCAGAAAUCCUGGAAACCAGGAAGUUUUUAGCUGGAGAGUUCAUCAAUGCCCUUGGAAGUGAUUUACCAUCACUCAGGCCUUUGUCCGUUAUUGCUCUCUUGCUCUUAUUGCGUUCGGGCCACUACAAGAUAGACAGAAAUGCUACCAACUUUUCUCUGGAAGACGCUUUAACUCCAGUUUUCCAACAGCCAUCAUUUGCCUCUCGGAUGGUGAAGAACUUAUCUCUGGACCAUCACUACAGUGAAGGCCAGGGGCGCUCUCGUGGUGCUAGAGUUCAGGCCGCAGAUUUGAGCGUCAUUGGCAUGAUGCCAGCUUUUGUCCGUCAAUGGCCAACCACUCGAAACUGGGUAGUCAUCAGCAAAGGCGAAGCAUUUUCUCCAAGACUUGCCAAGCUUUUUAAACGACUGGUUCAGGAGUGUGGUUCUGGUGCUCUGGAAGCUCUUCGUGGUCCCUUGGAAGAUGCAGUAAAUGCUAGCGAAGAGAAGACUAUGCAGUGCAUGGCGGCUGAGAUACUGGCCGGGCUUCUACAUUCAGACGUCAGAGCUGUUGUGGAAGCAUGGGGAAUAUGGCUCUCGGAUCUACUUCACAAGGCCCUCAUGCAAGCAAAUCCGGAAUCUCUUGCAGAAUGGGCUGCUUGUGUACGCUUUUCGUCCACUGGCAAAGGGAGGAAAGGUCUGAGGGCACCUCUUUUGCGUCAAGCUAUGUUUGAAGCUCUGAUGACGAGACAGUUGCCAUCCACUGCAUCAUCGAACCUUGUUUCAAAGCGCCUGCAGUAUCUACUUUCCGUAGUGAUGGAGCUGAGACCGGAAGCAGCAACGGAGCAGGAAAUUAACGUGCAACUGAACCUUCUCGUAGAGGUUAUGGAGUACAUGGCGAAUCCUUCGUCGCAGGUACGGCAAAACGUUGGAAAGAUUAUGUGCGUGCUGUGCACAAAUCUCCAAGACGCUCGCAGCUCGCCGUUGCUGAAUGAAAAAGAUGUGCCAGAUUGGAAAACAAGCUUGUUGAAUGGCACGGUAACAGCCACUGCGAAGAUACAGAAGUCAUUAGAGAAUACAGAAGCCGCAGGUGAUUUGAGCAGCAACACCGACGUCCAGGAAGCUGUAAAAUACAUGGAAACGGUUUUCCAAUUUUUGAUAGCGGCCAUGGCAUCGGGACGAGCUUCUUACCUUAUGCCUGUACUCGUUGGAGCUUUGCCAUCUGUUUUGGCUUUACAAGAAACGUCGCACAAAGACAUGUCUUUCCUUGCAAAACUCGCGGUGUUCCUGUAUAAAUGGCAGCCAUUUGGCAACGAAUACAGAACCAAAGCCGUUGGAGCUAUCGCCUCGGCUGCAAACGAUAGCAAUUGGCGCACACGCCUGUCAGCAUUAACGUUCUCUCAGUCCUUUGCAUACAGACAUGCCUUUACUCUGGAAAAAGAAGAGGUCACUCGGUUGUGGAACUGCGUGCAGAACCUUUUGUCGGAUUCACAACUAGAGGUGAGGGAAACGGCAUCGACCACCCUUUCAGGCAUGUUGAAGGGGCCCGUUAGUGAUCUUCCUGUGGCCUUUCGUGAGGGCAUUUUGAGUUCCUCUCAAAAGAAUAUGAAGUUGAAAAGCAACAGGGGCAAAGCAAGUGAUGACAAGAUUGUCAAGCACGGAAUAGUGAUGGGCUUGAGAGCAUGCGUACUAUCAGCACCAUACGACAUUCCCCGGUGGCUUCCGGAUAUCAUUUUUGCUCUAGCCAAAUUCACGCAUGAGCCAUCGCCUAUAUCAAACACUGUCAGAAAGACAAUUGCGGAGUUUCGACGGACUCACGCUGACACCUGGGCGUAUCAGAAGAACUAUUUUUCAGAAGAGCAACUAGAGGUUCUUGCCGAUUUAUCAUCCUCCGCAUCUUACUUCGCAUGAAAAAAUGCUCCGACAGACGGUUGAUAACAAACACUAUGUGUACAUAAGUCUUUUGUCUUUUAACUAUCAACUUGGUGAAUUCCACCGACGAGC